CAAAGAGACUUUGAUUUGAAGAAAAAGGUCUAGCAUGGGACAAAACCAAAGAGACUUCGUGAGAAGAGGUAUAUUGUCGAAAAUUAAAUAUAUGGGAAACAGUCAUGGCGGGGUUCGCCUUCUCGGAAACAGAGAUGGACCUUACCAUGUUCAACUGGCCAAAUCGACUACCAUCAACUCGAAAGGAGAGAUUAAGUGGGAAGAUGAUGGAAAAAUGAUCCAGACAUCAGAAAUCUCGUACGCCAUUGAUGGAUUAACUUGUACACUCUCCAUGAAGAAAACCACCGAAACAAAUUCAGAUGAGACGUUAGAGAUCGCAGUCAAAGACAUUUUGCAUCAAUCUCUUCAUGAUGGUAAACAAAUACAAUAUUCGCAGAUAUUUUUUGAUAAGGUGACAAAAAGAGCUGGUGUAGAUCUUACUUUAAAAUGUACGUGUAGUCAAACAUAUCCAGUAAGUACCCUUAAAACGCAUUCCUUAUGUUGCCCUAUAUCAAAACGGACCGAUACUAAUUCAUCAACCAGUGUAACCAGAACUAAGCUUUGCACUUAUUGGUAUGGAACUAAGAAGGGUAUUUUAGUUAGGGAGUGGAAGAUGAGGCCAGGGAAUUUGAAUAUUUACAUGAUGACUUGGGCGCAUUAUUGUGUUGCUACUAAUAGUAACAACGGUUUUUCUAUGGUGGCGAAGAUGCGUAUGCCAGAUAAUGGCUAUUGGGACUUUAAGGUAAAUGGACCUACCCUACACCCUUCUCUGGGAUUAUUUUUCAUGAUUGAACAAGUUAACAGAACUGGGACUUGGAAGUACACGGCAUGCCCUCACUGUGUUAUUGCUCAGACUGAGAGGGAUCACAGUAGCACAUCCGAAAAUGAACACAACGAUGAUGGUGUUCACCGACUACCAUUGCAACGUCUAAAAUAUACAUAUUAA